AUGAUUGUCGACGGAAUUGGAUCAUUUAAUAGAAUAGAUUUUUCUUCUUUAACAUAUGAGGAGAUGCGGAGGUUUGAGUUUGUGGACUUGCAGACAGCUUAUGACUUCUACAAUGAGUAUGGGCGGAUUCAAGGGUUUUCUAUUCGGAGGUCAAAGGUUGGAAGAAGCACAAAGAUUGGAUCGGAGGGAGAAAUUUUAUGGCAAAUUUUUGUUUGCUCGAGACAAGGUGAGAGAGACACCAAACAUAUUCAUCGGGUAGAAAGGAAAAUGGAUCCUCGACCAAUUACACAAUGUGGGUGUGGUGCACAAAUAAAGGUUCACGUUGAUCAUAGCACUGGCCGUUGGUUCGUAGAUAAGUUUUGUGACGAACACAACCAUGAGAUGCUAGAUGCAAGGUUCCGGGGGUUGUUACGUUCUCAUAGAGUAAUCAAGGAAGGGGACAUGCAUCAAAUUAACUCGAUGAAAAAAGCUGGGAUGCGUGUGUCAAUCUUAUUUCGUGCAUUUGCCACCCAAUGCGGGGAUUUGAGACAGUUGGAUUUGAAAUUAAAGACAUCUACAAUGCAAUAG